AUGCGAGCUCAGUUCACGGUUCUCCUGUCUCUGCUGGCGUUGGCCCCCACGAUCACCAAAGCCACCGAGUGCACCGACGCCGAAGCUGCCUACGCGGACUCUGUAUGGGCUGCUGCCGCCAACACGUCGGCCUGCUCACCGUACGUGACGCAGACCGACCCCGUGUACGUCAAUGCGCCAUGCACCGCAACAGACUGCGUCACCGUCGUGGAAAGCGUGGCCAAGGAUUUGCCCGACUGCACCUUCAGCGGCAUCAACAACAAGAUCGAGGUGCAGAACGCACUCACAGAAUGCAACGGAGGAGACGUCAAGGACGCGGGCUCGCUCACGUUCUCCUCCUCUUCCAGCCAAGCCGAUGGCUCAACGAUGCUCUCGUCUUCAACCGCUUCGUCGUCGGGAUUGAUUUCAGGAUCGAAGGGCUCGAGCUCCAGCUUCGACAUGUCGUCCUCGUCCGGAUCGAUCACGUCUGGAUCAACAGUCAUGGCUCCGAGCGCCGCGUCCGGCACGGGGAUGCUCCCUUCGGGAGACCAGUCCAACAACAUCUUGGGCUCGUCGAACUCCAAGUCCGGGAGCAGCGCUGCUGGACCGCGUGUGCACGAGGGCAAACUUCACUUCUGGGUCGUGUCCACGCUUGUUGCGGGGGUUGUUGUAGCGUUCUCGAGCUAA